AUGCAAAAUAAGCCUCAUAAGUAUGGACUGAAAGUAUAUGCUGUUGCUGAAGCCAGUAGUGGCUAUGUUGUAAAUUUUGAAGUUUAUGCUGGUAAGCAUAUUGUUGACAAUUCUUCGUCUGCGGUUAUUUUGCGAUUGUUGUCUGACAGCAGCUUGCUGAACAAAGGCCACACUGUGUAUUUAGAUCGAUUUUAUUCCAGUCCAGAGCUAUUUCAGCAACUGGCAGAGAAAGGCACUGGAGCUGUUGGUACUGUGAACAAAUCCAGGAAAGGAUUGCCUAAAGAUUUAGUAUCUGCUACGCUGAAAAAGGGCGAAAUGUCUUUUCGGCGUAAAGAUAAUGUAUUGGCAAUGAAGUGGAAAGAUAAGAGAGAUGUGUAUACAUUGUCUACAAGGCAUCAAGCAACAUUUGGUACGCAUACUAAGAGAAAUGGGUCUGUAGUAUUGAAACCACUUCAGGUACUUGAUUACAACCUCAAUAAAAUUGGAGUGGAUAUUGGAGACCAACGCCUGCAGUACAAUCCGUUCCAGCACAGAACUGUGAAAUGGUGGCGAAAAUUAUAUUUCCAUUUGCUGCUUAUGGGAGUAUCAAAUGCAUUUUGGCUGUACAAUGCAGUGCACAGGAAGAAAAUUACAAUAACAGACUUUAUAACAGUGCUUGCAGUUCAGCUUGUUGAAGACGACACACUUGAAUUCAUUCCAAGAAAUGAAGGAACUGUAGGUCGGCUAACAAAGAGACAUUUUUUGCAGCACAUACCUGCAACUACUAAGAAGUAUGCUGCUCGUGUGUGUCACGUGUGCAGUUCCAGGAGCAAGAAACAGAGUGGCAAGGCUUCUCGCAAAGAGACACGAUACGAAUGUGAACAGUGUGGCGUUGCACUCUGCCUGGAACCUUGCUUUAAAAUUUUCCACACUAAAAAACAAUAUGAUUCUGUGUGA